GUAAACCAUGUGAUCAGUAGUUCCACUGAAACAUUGAUGAAGUUGUGUUUUUGGAGUCCAACCAUCAGUUUCACCCCACAGUUAGUAUCAGGUUUUCUCUCUUGUGAAGGAAGACAAUUUAUUUUGAAAAGACCUAUAAAUUAUGAAUCUGCUUUUGCAUUGCACUGUUUCCACAAACCUUUCAGUUAAAUACAUUCAGAGCCUUCUGCAAUGCUCUGGGAGAUAGCACUGAAUGGUCCAAAAUGUAUCUAACUUAUAAAUUGUAUUAAGUGAGAACUUUAUGGGGUGACCGUAGUUAGGUAUAGUGGGUGUAUAUACACACCCACUAUACCUAACUACUUAGAAAUCAGGAAAUGAGGACAUCAGGUUAUUUUGAAAGAACUGAAGGGUAAAUAACAGCUGAGAAUAUUUAUAUGAAUGUAUAUGAAUAUUUAUAUGAAUGUAAUAGUAGAUGUGACAAUACCGGCUGACAGCAACAUCAGAAAGAAGGAACAUGAAAAGAUUGAGAGGUACCAAGGGUUGAAAGAACAGCUGGAAGAAAUGUGGAAGGUCAAGACUAAUGUGAUCCCCGUGGUAAUAGGAGCACUGGGGGCUGUGCCCCCCAAACUGGGAGAGUGGCUCCAACAGAUUCCAGGAUCAACAUCUGAUGCCUUAAUCCAGAAGAGCGCAGUCCUAGGAACAGCUAAAAUACUGCGCAGAACCCUCAAACUCCCAGACCUCUGCUAGAGGACCAGAGAUUGAGGAAUGACAAUACCACUCCCCAAAGGAGGGUGAGAGGGAGAUUUUUUUUAUCUUGCUGUACCUCUACAGUCACUGUAGUGUCUACAAAUGACUAAGGUGAGCACUGAUAGUACUGUUCAGAGGCCUGAGGAGGGAAGACAAACAUGGAGACCAAAGUGGAAAAGAGGGAACAGUGGAGGAAUAAAAGGGAAUAUAUUCUGGCAGUAGCAGGGAAUGUGGUGGGCCUGGGCAAUGUGUGGAGAUUCCCAUACCUGUGCUAUAAGAAUGGAGGAGGUGUCUUCCUGUUGCCUUACCUCUUCUUUGCUGUACUGUGUGGUGUGCCAAUAUUCCUGCUAGAGACUGUGAUUGGUCAGUACACACAGGAGGGCGCCAUCACCUGCUGGACCAACCUCAGCCCACUAUCACAGGGAAUAGGCUAUUCUAGCAUAGUGAUCCAGCUGUAUUCCAGACUCUACAUCAUUGUUCUGGCCUGGGCCCUCCUCUACCUCAUCUACUGUUUCAGGGCCACUCUGCCCUGGGCUACUUGCAACAAUCCCUGGAACACAGACAGAUGUGUGGACCUCACAUCUGCAAACUGGACUGCAUUACACAAUGGUAACCUGACCAGAAACUGGACAUCUGGAAAUCUCACCAAGUCUUCAGCAUCUGAGUUCUGGGAGAGAGGAGUGUUGUCCAUGUCUGGGGGAAUAGACGAGAUUGGCACAGUGAAAUGGGAGCUGCUGUUGUGUCUCCUGGCCUGCUGGGUGGCCUGCUACUUCUGCAUCUGGAAAGGUGUCCGCUUCACAGGAAAGGUGGUGUAUGUCACGGCAGUGUUCCCCUAUGUAAUGUUGGUCAUUCUGCUGGUCAGGGGCUUGACACUGCCAGGGGCCUGGCAGGGUGUGGUCUAUUACCUUUAUCCAGAACCUUCUCGUCUGGCAGACCUUCAGGUGUGGAUGGAAGCCUGCGCUCAGGUCCUUUUCUCCUAUGGUGUUGCAUCAGGGACCUUAAUCACUCUGGGCAGCUACAACAAAGUUAAGAACAACUGUUACAGGGACAGUCUGUGGCUGUGUGUGCUGAACAGUUGCACCAGCUUGGGUGCAGGAUUUGCAGUCUUCUCAGCUCUGGGCUUCAUGGCCCAGGUCCAGGGAGUUCCCAUCAACAUGGUCGUGGAUUCAGGACCUGGUCUUGCGUUCAUUGCAUUUCCUCAGGCUGUUGCCAUGAUGCCCCUGCCUCAGUUUUGGGCUGCCUGCUUCUUCAUCAUGCUCAUAAUGUUGGGGCUGGACACAGUGUUUGCAGGUUUGGAAACAAUAACAUCAUCAGUGAUUGACAUGUUCCCAGGAACGAUGCGAAAACCCUGGCGUAGAGAAAUCUUCCUCCUCCUCUUUUGCUCUAUCUGCUUCAUCAUUCAGAUCCCUCUCACUACUCAGGGAGGAGUCUAUCUGUUCCAGUUGGUUGAUUACUAUGGUCCGAAUGGAGCAUCUAUAUUAUUUGUGUCUCUGGUCCAGUGUGUGGCUGUUGGGUGGGCCUUCGGUGCUGAGCGGAUGUGUGAUGCAGUUGAGGAGAUGACAGGACAGAGACCUUUGGUACUUUUCAAACUGUGUUGGCGUUACUUUACCCCAUUGAUCUGCAUGGUCUGCUUCAUCUGCUCCUUUUUGGACUAUACGCCCCUGACAUUUGGAGACUAUGUGUAUCCAGACUGGUCUUACUAUCUAGGCUGGGUCAUGGCCCUCUCCUCUGUAGUUGUAAUACCCAUCUGGGCUAUUGGCAAGAUCUGCCUGACUAAGGGCUCCCUCAGACAGCGUCUGUUGGUCCUGUGGCAUCCUGUUAGUGACCAUGUUCGUCCCAAGAAAAACAAAGAAAUGUUCUGAAUGAAACAGAAAUGAGAGCAAUGUCAGGUCCUGUCCCUGACAUGUUAUGAGUCACUGAGUAUUUCAGAAAGGCUGCCAAAAGAAAAGCACAUUACUACUACAAUGAAACAUCCCAACAUCCUAUCUUUGCAUGAUUGUUCUUUACAUAUAUGUGCCUGAUAGCAGUAUGACAUACUGACUGCAUGGUUAUAAUGUGAGUAUUAUAUAUUGUAUUGGAAAUUUAAGUUAUUUUCUAUCUAUGCUUUUAUUUAUUUCAUAAAAUAUAGAGGUGAUUCUUUUCAAUUACAAGCUCAUAUAGUAAAUUUGUUGUGUUUAUUUCAUAUUAUUACUACAGAUAUAUAUAUUUUAUAUUUUCAAAUGUUUUAUGGAUGUGUUAGUGGGUUCUUUCUGGCAUUGGGAUUAUUAUUAUUAUUAUUAUUAUUAUUAUUAUUUAUAUUUUUAUUAUUAUUAUUAUAUUUGUCCUCUUGAAUGGUAUAAAAAAGAGUUUCACUGUUUGGGGGAAAUUCUGCUGGCACAUCUUGUAUGAGUAAGUAUUCUUUAUAUGUUCUGCAUAAAUCCUUUUACUCAUCAAUUCUAAUUUAAAAGAUUGUAAUACUUAGUGCAUGCAGAUACCUUGAAACAGUUUGGAGUAAGUUAACUAUUUCUGUUUAACUAACAUAUUUAAAUCGUCUGGGGCUGUAAGUUAUGGUUGUGUUGGGUGUAUUGUGAGACAAUUACUUUAACUGGCCUCUUUUAAUGCAUAUUAAUAGCAGUUCUACUCAAAACUCUCGGGGCCAGAUACCAAGCAGAGGAAAUAAAAUGUUACCCUCUUGCA